AUGUCUCAAAACAGUGAGUUUAAAGUCAGCGAAGGAGACCUGAUCCCCUCCCCCACUACAUAUUACCUUGCUCAGAAAUACCUUGGCAAUGGCUCCUAUGGAAUGGUCAUCCAAUGCAGGAAUGUCAUCACCGGUGAAACGGUGGCUUUAAAAAUCAUCAAGAGCACCGAAAACAUUGACUGUGCACAAGAAGAGGAGGUCAUCCUUCAAACAAUGAAGAAGCUCCACUCAGACAGCUUCAACAUCGUCAGCUUGUACGAGUCAUUCUUCUACAAGGACCAUUACUGUCUUGUGUUUGAGCACCUGGAUAUGGAUCUGCAGAAAUUCAAACAGAUCAGCCCAGGUCAACACCUUCAGCUGAAGCAGAUCCGCCCCAUUCUGCAGCAGCUAGCUACAGCCUUGGACUUUCUGAACGGCGCAGGAAUCAUUCAUGCAGAUUUGAAGCCAGAUAACAUCAUGCUGGUGGAUCAUGUCAGGCAGCCACUCAAAGUUAAAGUCAUUGACUUUGGCAUAUCCUUGGAUGAUCCUGAGGAAAUGACUGGUGAAACCCUCCAGACCUUGUGGUACAGGUCUCCUGAGAUUCUGUCUAAGGAUCCUUUCAGCGGGAGCAUCGACGUAUGGUCUCUCGGCUGCAUUGCUGCUGAGAUGUCAAUGGGCACACCGCUGUUCCCUGCCAAUGAUGAGACUGAUUUGAUGAGUGUGAAGUCUUGUGAGGAACUGAUGGACAUCUGCCAGAAUCAGAGCUCUGAGGAUGGAGGACAUGGAGACCAGGUGAACCUGCAAAUGUCCCUGAAUGAGGACUCCUCCAGCAGCACUGCCAGCCCAGCCAAGGAGAGCCGCAUAGUGGAUGCAAAGUCUGGCAACAGGCGAAAAGACUCCCAAGCCACGGUCAGAAGGAGUGAACGACUGGCAGCCAUUAGGAAAGGUGCAAGUGGGCAAACGGGCCCAAUCCGGCUCAAGAGGAUGAGAGACAGGCAUGAUCCCACAUCCAAUGGCAACCCCUCAGAAAAGGACACAAACAUGGGCCCUGCUGGGAUGAGAGAUGAGAAGCAUGCAAAAAUGGCUGCAAAGCGUGGCAACAGUCAGGAGGCGAGUGGCAGCAUUUUGGACAAGCUGCAGGCGUUGAAUGGAUGA